UUCGCGAGAACCUUUAGUGUCGCGAGACUUCUGAAAUUAUUUCCAAUUCUGUUGUGGCCCUGUACGAGAGACGGUGUGCUUCAUGGCGGUGGCGGUAUCUCCGACUCUAUUUUGAACUGUUAAAGCUCUUCCCAUUAAUUAUCUCUCCACGGGUAACGUGCCUCAGGAGACCCCAUCGAAGAGCGGGCUUUAGGGAGGGCAGGCUCUGAAGAUGGAGAAUGGACAGAGCACAGCCUCCAAGCUUGGCCUGCCUCCUCUUACCCCAGAGCAGCAGGAGGCUCUACAGAAGGCGAAGAAGUAUGCCAUGGAGCAGAGCAUUAAGAGCGUGCUGGUGAAGCAGACAAUCGCACACCAGCAGCAGCAGCUCACCAACCUGCAGAUGGCAGCAGUGACAAUGGGCUUUGGAGAUCCUCUCUCACCUUUACAAUCGGUGGCAGCCCAGCGGCAACGCGCACUCGCCAUCAUGUGCCGGGUGUACGUUGGUUCCAUUUACUACGAGCUCGGGGAGGACACCAUCCGGCAAGCCUUUGCCCCAUUCGGACCCAUCAAGAGUAUCGACAUGUCCUGGGACUCUGUUACAAUGAAGCACAAGGGCUUUGCCUUUGUGGAGUAUGAGGUGCCGGAGGCUGCCCAGCUGGCCUUGGAGCAGAUGAACUCCGUCAUGCUGGGAGGGAGGAACAUCAAGGUGGGGCGGCCAAGUAACAUCGGCCAGGCGCAGCCCAUCAUCGACCAGCUGGCGGAGGAGGCACGCGCCUUCAACCGGAUCUACGUGGCUUCCGUCCACCCCGACCUCUCAGACGAUGACAUCAAGAGUGUCUUUGAGGCCUUCGGCAAGAUCAAGUCCUGCACGUUGGCCAGGGACCCGACAACGGGCAAGCACAAGGGCUACGGCUUCAUCGAGUACGACAAGGCUCAGUCGUCCCAAGAUGCCGUCUCCUCUAUGAACCUCUUCGACUUGGGAGGCCAGUACCUACGGGUGGGGAAGGCCGUGACCCCGCCCAUGCCCCUCCUGACCCCGACUACCCCAGGCGGCCUGCCGCCCGCUGCAGCUGUGGCUGCCGCCGCCGCCACGGCCAAAAUCACUGCCCAGUUCUUCCAGGAAGCAGUAGCAGGAGCGUCAGUACUGGGGGCUUUGGCCUCGCCUGCCCUCUCUCUCGGUCAGCAGCUCAGCCUGCCGCAGGCUGUCAUGGCCGCCCAGGCGCCGGGCGUCAUCACAGGGGUGACUCCAGCACGACCCACCCUUCCCGUGCUGCCCCAGGUCGGGCUGGUAAAUCCAGUGCUUGCCUCGCCGCCGGUACUGUCUGUAACGCCUGCCCCAGCUGCACAGGAGGUCAAAAAGGAGGAGGAAGAAGAGGUGUCGGCGGAUGGGACCGGGCAAGAGAUGCUGAGUGAGCAGGAACACAUGAGCAUCUCUGGCAGUAGUGCCAGGCACAUGGUCAUGCAGAAGCUUUUGCGAAAACAGGAGUCGACGGUGAUGGUCCUACGGAACAUGGUGGGCCCUGAGGACAUUGAUGACGACCUCGAGGGCGAGGUGACGGAGGAGUGUGGCAAGUUCGGCGCCGUCAAUCGCGUCAUCAUCUACCAGGAGAAACAGGGCGAGGAGGAGGAUGCCGAGAUAAUAGUUAAGAUCUUUGUAGAGUUUUCUAUGGCCUCUGAAAUGAACAAGGCCAUCCAGGCACUCAAUAACCGCUGGUUCGCCGGUCGCAAGGUCAUUGCAGAGGUGUACGACCAGGAGCGCUUUGACAACAGCGACCUCUCUGCAUAAACUGUCUGGAAACACCCCUGACACCCCACUCCAUCUUUCCCUUGCUCAAACUCACAGCCGCCAUCACUGCUGCUAGUGAUUCUGGCCGCUCUUUUAAACUGUAAUUAUUUUUGUAUUGAUGUUGAUAUUAAUAUUAUUGAUAGUCCCUUUGGGGAUUUGCAAAAUAAACAAGUAGCGCCUCAUGGAUUUCUUUUUCUUUUUUAUUGUCAGCUACUGUGAAGGACUUGACAUUCAUUUUUGUAUUGUUUGCAGGUUUUUUGUAAUCUUAUUUGAACAAAAAUUCAUAAUUUGGUUACCCCCCAUUUGUUUUGUUUUUUUAAUGAGUACCAAAGUCGGCUCUUCUAAGGACUCUGACGUCUUGCUACAGAGUUACUGGUUCCAGUUUCCCAGAUCAAUAAAUUCUUCAAAUAUG